CUUGGAUAACGUCGUCUGAGGCAAUAGAAAAAUGGGCAGUUGAAUCGUACCUAACGGUAACGCUUCUUCAGUAAAGCAGGAGCGAUUGAGUUGCAAGUCAGUAUCCAAGUAAAAAAGUUGUGCCGCCUAUUCCCUGAGUAUUUUCUACACCCUCACCGCUUCUUUCUAUGAAGACAACGUCGAGGAUUCACCCUCCCAACAUUGUAGAAUCGUCGAGAAGAUCUUCACUGAAAUUCGUUGGCGCACGCUGAAGUGUGAUGUUAAAGUUCAUACUAACUACAAGAUGAAGAUGAAGUUGUAGGUCAUGCUGAGCUUUGCGGGGUUUUACGUCGGUGCUUGCACUCAGGCGUGCCGCUGCUUCGGUCGUAUGCUAGCUGCGCAUUUUGUGAAGAUGCGGUGCAUCACGCCAGCUGCCGGCAGCGAAAGAAUACCAGGGAGCGGCGGUCAUCGUAAUCCGUGAAGAUGAUGCGAGGAUCAUGUUGACGUCGAUCUUGUAUACGAAUAUCGGGAAGGAAGAACUAUCAUCUGUGCGCUUUCUACGUCGCUUGACAUGCCAACACCGGGCCUGAGGGUCAGGAGCAUCAGCCCGAUGCUGUCGGUCAGACGAAGACGAAUCGCGUGCGUGUCCUCUGCCAGGUGGACUGCCCAGACCCUUCACAUGCUCAUUUGCGUGCGGAAUAAGAGUAGCGCACGAAUGGGAAUAGUCGCUGCAAACCGCAGAAGAGAAGGCACAAGAUCGAGGGCAAAUGGACGAAGGCCGCUCGUCCUUUGGCGAGAUGCGUCCACAGUGCCGCUACAUCAGAUGUUCGAUGGGUAUAGGAAAACGUCCCUCGUAUCGAUGUGUUUUAAGCUACGUGCCCAUAACGUUUCAAAUAAGAAAAGGUUGAAAUACAGUUAGAGCGCACGUGUAUUAAUAUAUUGAAUGAUCAACAAGAACAACAGUUACAGUGCUUGUGAGCCUACCACCUGUUUGUCCUUCACGAUAAUGUAUUUGAAUGUACUUCUGUGCAGCGACCUCGCUCUAAUCCGUGGGCUUGGAGAAUUUGGCUUGUGUCACGCACUCUCGCCUUUUGUCUCGCCGACACUUUUUUGGGCUGUGCCGUUUUU